AAGAUAACUGUUAUUCUUUGUAUUGGAAGCAGAACGGUAUUUUUUUAAUCAUCCACUUCGAUACUAUAGAUUUCAUCCACUUCAGAUGAAAAUCAGCCAUCAGAAAUGCUGAGUUAUUUCAGAAAUACUGUUAUAUUCAUUGGUAUUUUAACAUUAGUGCCUGAAAUAAAAGGCAGAAAAGUUGACACAAAGAAAUGUGUGAAACCACAUGGCCUUUUCCCGAAACCAGGUAGCUUCUGCAAAUCAUAUUACAGAUGCACAAACUGGAUUCCUAUUGAAGAAGAAUGCCCUUUUGGGCAGCAUUUUGACGCCAUCCACGGCUCGUGUGAAUAUGCUGAAUUUUUUCCAUGUUUCGAAAAGCCACCAAGUAAAGAAUGUCUUCGACCCAAUGGAAAUUUUUUGAAACCUGGAACAGGCUGCAAAGUUUAUUACCAGUGUUGCAAUGGACAAUCCACGGAAAAGAUAUGUCCUGGAGACCAACGUUUUAACCCUGACGCUGAAAAUUGCGAGUGGCCUAACCUCUACUCCUGUGUCGAAAACAUUUUGAGCAAAGAUACAACAACGAAUCCUACUCCUUCUACGCCAUCUUCAACUAAGAGUUCUGCGUCAACGGUAAAGGAUUACGAGACUUCAACAACAACACUUGCCACUACUACGGAUACUACAACAGAACAUGACUUAUUCUCAACAACAAGUGAUGAUGAUAUCGAAAAAGAUACAAAAACAAGCACUAGAUUUGUAUACAUAUAUUCUUCUACUGAUUAUAUUCAAACAGACUCUUCAACAGAAAGUGCAACCUCAAGAUCUACCGAUGCCAUAUCAACAACUCAAACAAACGAAUAUUCAGAUCCAGAUAAUCAAUUUUCCUCAACGUAUGAUGAUUUUACUGUAUUUUCAACAACAGAUGAUAAGAUCAAUAAUACUGUAAAGCAUACAACCAAAGAGACCAGUUCUCCGUUUGUGGAAUCUUCUUCUACAAUAAUUAAAACAGAAAAUACUCCUUCGCAAACUGUUACAGAGAUUCCAAGUACGACUGAAGGUUUGGAUGAAAUCAAAAUGUCCACUUCUCGAAUUUGGGAUAUUAUCAGUUCUACAGUGGUUAAUAUACUGUGCCCUGAACCAAAUGGAUAUUUUCCCCAUCCUACCAAUAAACAUAAAUUUGUUGGAUGCGUGGAUGGUCAUCCUUCAGUGCUUGAAUGUCCUGAAGAUUUAAUUUACAAGCAUAGCAUAAGAGCAUGCGUUUAUGAAUAAGUCUCUAAAUAGUUUCUUUUUACUUAUAUUUCUACUUAGUUUUACUUUACUUAAUAGUUUUAGUUUUACUUUGUUUAAUAGUUUUAUAAAUGUACCGUACUGCUAGAUCCACAGCUAAUAUUUCAACGUAUCAUUAAAUUGCAUUCUCUAUA